AUGGAACAAAAGGUGUCAACUAACCCUACUUAUAUGUCUCAAUUCCAGCCAGCCGUUGAGCGGUUUUGGAAGCUCCCGCACAUCUGGACCCGCACCAAGGCCUCCAUGGUCUACUCCACGUUUGAGCAGCAGGACUCCUUCUCAGAGGAGCACAGUGACCUGUGCCUGGUGCAGCUGCUGGGAACCGGGACAAACAGCAGCCAGCCCUGCAGGCUCUCCGAUUUCUGCAAGACCCUCAUGACCAGGCCCGGCUGCUCUGGCUACUGUCUGUCUCACCAGCUGCUCUUCUUCCUCUCGGCCAGAAUGACGGAAUGCACGAAGGGGCUGUUCCGCCAGAGCCAGCGCUACAUGAACCUCUUCUGUGCCAACAUGAAGGACCUGAACCGGAAAGCUGAGGCCAUUGGAUACGCCUACCCCACCCGGGACCUCUUCAUGGAAAACAUCAUGUUCUGUGGAAUCAGUGGCUUCUCCAAAUUCUAUAAACUCCGGUGGCUGGAGGCCAUUCUCAGCUGGCAGAAGCCACAGAAAGGAUGCUUUGGGAAGCCAGAUGAAGAAUUACCCAAAGCCAUUCAGUACCAACAGCAUCUUUUGAGAAGAGUGAAGAGGCAAGAAAAACAAUUUACAGUGGGGAGUCCAGAGAUGCUGUCUCCAGUGAAGGGAACAUAA